AUGCCCCUUACCGCAUCCCUUGACGGCACUCAUGUCGUCGAGGUCGAGCUGGAUCAAUGUUACUCCGAUUCCGAGCUUGCACCCAUGCAAACAGUGCAAACCUUCCACCUUCGAAUCCGAAAUCCAAGCCCAGGCGACCUGCGGAGAACGGCUCCAUGUUCACCCCCAAGCUCGCUGAGUGGUGGCGAGAUGAUACAGAAAACGACACCAUCACCGCUAUCACCGGAUCCUCCUCCAGCGAGUGGGCAACUAAAUCUGAAACCUCAACACAAUCAAAAGAAGCGACUAGCAAGUUCAAAUGACUUUCGCACCUCUAGAACGUUCCUUCUGACCUUUCCUGAAGAAUACGAAUGCCAGUACUGCCAAGAGGUCUCUGAAUUCGGGGCGGGAUCCAUGUGCCUUCAUUCCCAAGUGGCAAGGAAUCCCUACAGGCGGAUUUCGACCAUGUAA